UAUUGGUACCCACGGCCAAACCACGUCGAGCACCUCGUGGUGGUGGUGGUACCACGCGGAGCACGAUUCCAAAAGCUGCACAUCGCUCGUCAGGCCGCCCUCACAGCGUCUAUACCCCGGAGCCCCACCUGCACAGGACUGUAGUGCGGCCCUGCGUACACAUCCAUGAUCAAGGCCUGCCUCCACGGGCUCUGCGCCAGCUGCUGCUCCUGCAUACUCCCGUCGCCGUCCUCACCGCGGGCCGCAAACCAAGAAAUGGACCCCGACGGCGCCAUCACGCACCGCAGCGUCGACGUCAACGGCGUGCGCCUCCACGUCGCGGAGGCCGGCCCGGCCGGCGCGCCCGUGGUGCUGCUGCUGCACGGGUUCCCGGAGCUGUGGUACACCUGGCGCCACCAGAUGCGCGCGCUGGCCGCGGCGGGCUACCGCGCCGUCGCGCCCGACAUGCGCGGCUACGGCGGCUCCGACGCGCCCUCCGGCGGCCCGGACGAGUACACCGCGCUGCACGUCGUCGGCGACCUCGUCGCGCUCAUCGACUCGCUCGGCGAGAAGCAGGUGUUCGUCGUGGCGCACGAUUGGGGCGCCAUGAUAGCUUGGAGCCUGUGCCUGUUCCGGCCGGACAGGGUGAAGGCGCUGGUCGCCCUGAGCGUCCCCUUCACCCCGCGGAGCCCCGCGAGGAAGCCCGUCGACGGCUUGAAGGCCCUGUACGGGGAUGAGUACUACAUCUGCCGUAUCCAGGAGCCUGGGGUAAUUGAAGCAGAAUUCGCACGGCUCGGCACAGAACUGGUGCUAAGAAAGUUUUUCACUUAUCGAACUCCUGGCCCUCUGUUCAUCCCCAAGAGCGGGUGGGGCUCACCAGAUGAUGAAGUGCCCUUGCCGAGCUGGAUCACAGAGGAGGACAUCAAGUACUAUGCGGCUCAGUUUGACAAGUCUGGCUUCACCGGGGGAUUGAACUAUUACCGUGCCCUGAACAAGACAUGGGAGCUAACGUCACCAUGGACAGGCGCUGAGAUAAAGGUACCAACCAAGUUUAUAGUCGGCGAUGUGGAUUUGUCAUACCAUGUUGCAGGCGCAUAUGAUUUUAUUAACAAAGGUGGCCUCAAGAAGUUUGUUCCAUUAUUGGAAGAUGUGGUGGUAAUGAAAGAUGUCGGGCAUUUCAUAAAUGAAGAAAAACCAGAAGAAAUUAGUGCACAUAUAAUCAGUUUCAUAAAAAAAUUCAAGUGAAUGAGGAGUAACAAACACAUCAUGGGCCAUCGUGAAAAAGUAGAUGCUUGAUGGAGAAUUUAUAUCAAGCCCAUUGUAUUAUUGUGUUGUGCAAAUUCACAUAUGUAUGCAACUAUUAUUUUAUUUACAUUUCACUAUUUGUUUAAUUUGUAAUGUCUAGUGCAAGUACCAUGCUUUGUUGGUUGUGUGCUUCAGUUGUUUCUUCUUAACUAAAAUAAAAGGCGACAAGAGCUCGUCAUUCUCGGUC